AUGGAUGCCUCAGAUUGGCAAGGGGGAGAAGGAGACAAGCCACUAGAGAAGGUGGGGAGUGUUCCCUGCUUAGAGAGGAGCUCCAACACCGUACCCGCCGGAGAUGCUCUGGUUCGUCAUGCCAAAGGCCUGAGCCAGGAUACCUUCAAAAUUUGUAAAGAAUACCUGAGGCCUCUGAAGAAGUUCCUUCGAAAGUUGAACCUGCCCAAGGACCUUCCCCAGAAGAAAAGGAUAAAGUACACGAAGCAGAGCCUUGAGGCCCUAGGGGACCAUAUUAACACCUUUCUGCAGCACUACUGCCGAGCCUGGGAGAUCAAGCACUGGAAAAAAAUGCUCUGGCGGUUUGUCUCCCUCUUCUCAGACCUGGAAGCGAAGCAGCUUCGCCGGCUCUAUAAGUACACCAAAACGAACCAGACAGCCAAGUUCCUGGUCGCACUCUUCCCCUUGGAUGCACCGGAGAGGUCUUUGCUUGCCAACCAGGAAGAUAGUCUUCCCAGGCUCUGCAGUGCCUGGGGGUUGCAUGGAAAUAUCAGCGGCAUGAAGGAGAGGCUGUCCAAGAUGCAAGCCCCUGGCCAAGAGGCUGUCAUGCUGGAAGAGCCGAGGUCCUCACACUGCUCCAGAGAAGAUUCUUUAAGGAAACUUCCUCAAACACCAAAGCUGAAGAAAAAGAGGAUUAAGGAAAGACCAGACUCUCCCAAGAGCUGCUCAUAA